AUGGUGUGCUACCCAGAGUCAGUGAUGUGUCUUCGGACUUUGUGUUUAGUUUUGACCGUCGCCUGCUUCGUGAUGAGCUGUCAUCAAGCCGCUGCAGAGAUUUGUCCCAAGCAGGACAUUCGAAACAGUGUGACCAGCCUCCAGGCCCUCGAGAACUGCACCGUGAUCGAAGGCCACCUGAAGAUCUUGCUCAUGUUCAGGACCAAGACAGAGGACUUCCGGGGCCUCAGUUUUCCAAAGCUCACGGUGAUCACCGACUACCUGCUGGUGUUCAGGGUCUACGGCCUGGAGAGUCUCAGCGACCUCUUCCCCAACCUGACGGUCAUCCGAGGCAACAACCUGUUCUUCAACUACGCCCUGGUUGCGUUCGAAAUGCUCCAGCUGCGUGAGAUCGGCCUCUACAGCUUGAUGAACAUCACACGAGGAGCUGUGAGGAUCGAGAAGAACCCAGAUCUCUGUUACCUUUCCACUCUGGACUGGUCCAAGGUUCUGGAUUCGGUGGCGGACAACUACAUCAUGGCCAACAAGAAUGACAGGGAGUGUGGGGAUGUGUGUCCCGGGGCAGCCAUCGGAAAGACCACCUGUCCCACCACGACCAUCAACGGACAGUUCAGCGAACGCUGCUGGACUCAGAACCACUGUCAAAGAAUGUGCCCUGUCCAGUGCAAACACCGAGCCUGCACAAAGGAUGACCAGUGUUGCCAUGAGCAGUGUCUGGGUGGCUGCCUGAAGCCCGACUCAGCCGGUCACUGCGUGGCCUGUCGUGGACUCCAACACGAGGGCACCUGUGUGGAUCGCUGCCCAGAAACCCACUUAACCUUCAAAGGCUGGCGUUGUGUCUCCUUUGCUUUCUGCCAAGAGCUCCACAACCAGUGUAAGAGAGAGAAGGAGCACUCCAAGAAGGCCGACUGCCAGGAGUAUGUAAUCCACAACGGAGCCUGCAUGCCCGAGUGUCCCUCAGGGUACACCAUCGUCAACUCCUCCACGCUCAACUGCACUCCUUGUGCAGGUCUGUGUCCAAAAGUGUGUAUGGGUCAGAAAACCGUGGACUCUGUCAACGCAGCUCAGGCUCUGAGAGGCUGCACGGUUCUCAACGGGAGCAUGGUCAUCAACCUGCGUGGAGGAAACAACAUCGCAGCAGAACUGGAGGCCAGCCUGGGUCAGCUGGAGGAGAUCACUGGCUACCUGACAGUGAGACGCUCCUACGCCCUCAUGUCUCUCUCCUUUUUCCGAAAACUCCGUGUUAUUCGUGGGGAGGAACAGGAAGUCGGGAAUUACUCGUUUUAUGCCCUGGACAAUCAGAAUUUGCGACAGCUGUGGGACUGGUCCAAACACAAGCUGACCAUCCUGCAGGGACGCAUAUUUUUCCACUACAACUCUAAACUGUGCAUGUCUGAGAUCCGCAAGAUGGAGGAGGUCACGGGAACCAAAGACAGACAGCAGAAGGGCGACAUCACGAAGAUCAACGGAGACCAGGCCUCAUGCGAGAACCAGGCGUUGAAGUUUACCCUGGUCAGAACCAUGAGCGAUAAGAUCAUGGUAAAGUGGCAAUCCUUCUGGCCCAAAGACUUCAGAGAUCUGCUGGGAUUCAUGGUGCUCUACAAAGAGGCACCUGUUCAGAACGUAACUGAGUUUGAUGGGCAAGACGCCUGUGGCUCCAACAGCUGGGUGAUCGCAGACGUGGACCCUCCACCUCGAGUCGGGGACGGGGAAAAGGAGCAGACCGAACCGGGUUAUCUGAUCCUGCCGCUGAAGCCCUGGACACAGUACGCCAUCAUGGUAAAAACCCAGUUGUCUGCGUCAGAUGAGCACGAAGUUCUGGGAGCCAAGAGUGAGAUCAUCUACGUCCGCACAGAUGCCACCAAACCUUCAGUCCCACUGGAACCCAGUUCCUCGUCCAACUCUUCCUCCCAGAUUAUCCUGAAGUGGAAACCUCCCAAUGACCCCAACGGCAACAUCACUCACUACCUGGUCUUCUGCCAGCGUCAGCCUGAAGCCAUUGAGCUCUACAAGUACGACUACUGUCAGAAGGGGAUGAAGUUGCCCACCCGGGCGCCCACUCAGGUGGACAAUGAUGAGGAGCAGAAGUGGAACCAAACAGAGGAGCAGGGACAGGGCACACGGUGCUGCGCUUGCCCCAAAACUGACAAGGAGCUCAACAAGGAGAAGGAGGACUUAUUGUAUCGCAAAACCUUUGAGAAUUACCUUCACAACGAAGUUUUUGAACUCAAACACACUAGACAGCGACGUGCUGUGGUGGGGAUCGCCAACGGAACACUGCUUGUCCAAACCACGGCCUCCAGUCCACCAGAGGGCACACACGUCCCAGACGAGGAGGGCGAGGAAACCUUUGAGAGCACCAAGUCGGUGGUCACUGUCCUCGCCAAGGAGUCAACGGUCAUCUCCAACCUGCGCCACUUCACCAGCUACCAGAUCGAGAUCCACGCCUGCAAUCACCCGACUGACCCGGCCCGCUGCAGCAUGGCAGCUUAUGUCAGCGCCCGCACCCUGCCCGAAGACAAAGCUGAUGACAUUUUGAGUCCAAUCAAGUACGAGGUGACGGAAAAUACAGUUCACAUCACAUGGCAGGAACCAGAAGCUCCAAACGGCAUGAUCAUCCUGUACGAGGUCAACUACAAGAGGCUCGGAGACACAGAGGAGCUGCACUACUGCGUGUCGCGGAACAUGUUCAAAGAAAAAAGAGGCUGCAAACUGAAAGUGAUGCAUUCUGGGAACUACACAGUACGGAUCCGAGCCACGUCACUGGCUGGAAACGGAUCCUGGACCGAGCCCACAUACUUUUAUGUCCAAGACACAAGCGACCCUCUCUACAUUGUGAAGAUUGUGAUUGCUCCGAUCAUCUGUUUUGUCCUGCUGCUGUUAGUGGCUGCAGUAGGAUUCUUCAUGUUCAGGAAGAGUCAAACUCAGGGGCCAAGUGGUCCCAUCUACACGUCUUCAAACCCAGAAUAUCACAGCGCUUUUGACAUGUACGAAGAGGACGAAUGGGAAGUUGCCAGAGAUAAGAUCGCCAUCUUGAGAGAACUUGGUCAGGGUUCAUUCGGUAUGGUGUACGAGGGUAUCGCCAAGGACAUCAUAAAGGGCGAGGGAGAGACCCACGUAGCAGUGAAGACUGUGAACGAGUCGGCCAGCCUGAGGGAGAGGAUCGAGUUCCUGAAUGAGGCCUCGGUCAUGAAGGGCUUCAGCUGCCAUCAUGUGGUGCGUCUGCUGGGCGUUGUGUCUAAAGGUCAGCCCACGUUGGUGGUGAUGGAGCUGAUGACAAACGGAGACCUGAAAAGCUUCCUACGCUCCCUGAGACCUGACGCUGAGAACAACCCUGGACGUCCACCACCGACUCUGAAGGAGAUGAUCCAAAUGGCUGCUGAGAUCGCAGAUGGCAUGGCUUACCUCAACGCCAAGAAGUUCGUCCACAGGGACCUGGCAGCCAGGAACUGCAUGGUAGCCCACGAUCUCACCGUCAAAAUAGGAGACUUCGGGAUGACAAGAGACAUCUAUGAGACCGACUACUACCGUAAAGGAGGGAAGGGCCUGCUUCCUGUCAGGUGGAUGGCCCCCGAGUCUCUGAAGGACGGGGUCUUCACCGCACAUUCAGACUGCUGGUCAUUCGGGGUCGUUCUGUGGGAGAUCAGCACAUUGGCCGAGCAGCCGUACCAGGGCCUGUCCAAUGAGCAGGUCCUGAAGUUUGUCAUGGACGGAAACUACCUGGACCGACCGGACAACUGCGCUGACCGUCUACACAACCUGAUGCAGAUGUGUUGGCAGUACAACCCCAAGAUGCGGCCCACCUUCCAGGAGAUAAUCGAAAUGCUGCGCGAGGACCUGCAUCCUUCCUUCCAGGAGGUGUCCUUCUUCUACAGCGAGGAGAACAAGCCGCCCGAGAGCGAAGACUUCGACCUGGACAUGGAGAAUAUGGAGAGCAUCCCGCUGGACCCGUCGUCCUACUCCCAGAGGGAGCAGUGUUUGGACAGGGACGAGGCCUCCUCCAUGGGCCUGCGGGGGAGCUACGAGGAGCACCACAUCCCCUUCACACACAUGAACGGGGGAAAGACCAACGGACGAAUACUGGGCCUCCCACGCUCCAGCCCCUCCUAACACACUAUCACACAUCCCACGCCAAACACAUCAGUGCUAUAGAUUAAAAAUAUAUUUUUUUGUCCUUUAGUUUGUCAUUUUGUAUAGCUCGCAAUUUUACGACACUCUCUCCAACAACCGCACAGCUCAUAUCUCAGGAUUUUAUUUUUUCUCCACAGAUGCCACUAACCCACACUACAGUUAGUCCACACACGGACGAAAGCUUUUGUAUUUUGAGAUGAAUCGCCCACGUAUUUCCUGUGUUUGUAAAGACUAUAUAUAUGUAUGUAUAUGUGUAUGUAUAUAUGUAUGUAUAAAUAUUUAUAUAUACAUAUAUGUGUAUGUAUGUACGUUGCCAAGUUUGUGCCAGAGGAUGGAAUGGGAGAAUUUUGGAUUCAACUGUGAAACAAACUCUUGACAAACAAGAAGGCUGCUAACCCUACUAGUCCUUCCUCCAAGUCCAGACUGUGACCUCCUCCUCCUUCCUUUCUUAUUCAAACUCGAGGGUUCAACCCCAGGUUUCUAGCUCUUGGGAAAAAAAAGUGUCCUUCUAUUUUUGUCCGUUGCCUACAUCCAUGUUUUUUGGAACAUUACGUGAACCUUUUUACACGAGUGGAUGACAAACUGAAAAAUGAAAGACUUGUUGUGUUGGACGCUCAAAGACAGUCCACUGUUGAACAAACUAUUAUCCACUGGAGAAGCUGGUUGAAGUGGCUUAACUCCUCACACCCUGCAGUAUUCCUAAUGGCUCGCAGGAUAAAUAAAACCCAAGACUUUUUUUCAUUAUUGUUUUCCAUCUUUAUUCUCCACUCUUCUUUUCUCUUUGAGUUUUCACAUUUACAGCUGAAGGAUAUUUAAGUUGUUUUCACAAACAUGUUGGCAAACAAGUUCCUCAGAUUGACCAAUAGCUGCUUCUUUGGUAUAUUUUAGUGGGUGUAGAAGAUAAAUAUAUAAAAAUAUAUCUAUGUAAAGUGUUAUUGAUGUUUUUGUACAUAGGUGAGAUGUUCACUCAAGAGGUAUUUCCGUUGAUAGAAAAUUAUUUUACAUGUUGGUCUGCAAUUUUCUUUUUCUAAUCCAAAAAAAGUUACUAAUGAGCUUCUUGGACUCAUGAUCAACCAACAGCACUUGGUCUUUUUUUUUUUUACAACAGGAUGCAAGAGAAGUUGCGGUUUUGGCUUCUUCAUUUUAAGAUGUUUGCUCCUUAUAUGCAGAUCAAAUAAAAUAGUGCUGUAAAUACUGCAGCAAUGUGCAUUCAUGGAA